ACUGGAGAAGAAAAAGAAAAAGGGUUAAGAGAUUGGGAGACUGAGCCCACUUAAAUAAACCGACAAAUUCACCCUACCCAUCUUCACAAAAACCUGUGAAUUCACCAUCUUUUGCUAGAUUUUUGAGCUGUAAUUCCGGCGAGCUCAUGUUGGGGGUUUCGGGUUUGCUGGGGAAUUCAGGCGGUGGCGCCACCGACGGGAGUCAUGAGGAUGAGGUGGGUGUUGCUGGGGCAAUUGCAGGCGGGUUUGGGGAGGAAGACAAGGGGAAAGCUGAAGAGGGUGAGCGGAAUUCAGCCGGAAGCCGGUGGCCCCGUCAAGAAACGUUGGCGUUGUUGAAGAUACGGUCUGAAAUGGGCGUUGCUUUCCGUGAUUCCACUCUCAAAGGUCCACUGUGGGAAGAGGUUUCUAGGAAACUAGCAGAGCUUGGGUAUCAUCGAAGCGCCAAGAAAUGCAAGGAGAAGUUCGAGAACGUGUACAAGUACCACAAAAGAACCAAAGGCGGAAGAGCUUCUAAGCAUGAUGGCAAGACCUACCGAUUCUUUGAGCAAUUAGAAGCUCUCGACAACCACCCACUUCCACCGCUCUCGCCGCACAAAGUAAUGCAGACUCCUACUGCAACGGUGCCCCCGACGACAGCGACCAUGACAGCGACAACAAUGGCGACGGCAAACCCACCAGGCGUCGUCGUUCAACACAAUGUCCCAGCUUCUGUGCAGAAUCUCAGUGCUAAUACGGAAUUCGUCUCCACCUCCGCCACCACCUCUUCUUCGACAGACUCCGACGAAGAAUCCGAAGGGACGCGCAAGAAAAAGAUGAAAUUAAUGACUUUCUUCGAGAGGCUCAUGAAGGAAAUGAUCGAGAAGCAGGAGACGUUACAGAAGAGAUUCCUGGAGGCAAUAGAGAAGCGGGAGCGAGAGAGAAUGGAGAGGGAAGAAGCGUGGAAGGUGCAAGAGAUGGCAAGAAUGAACCGAGAGCUUGAAAUGCUAGUCCAAGAACGAUCGAUCGCGGCUGCAAAAGAUGCAGCAGUGAUUGCAUUCUUGCAGAAGAUCUCAGAACAGUCGAGCGCGGUGCAAUUGAUGGAGGUGCAGUUGCCGGAGAAACAAGCACCGCCGGAGAAAGCAGUGGACCCUCCACGAGCGGAAUCAACAGAUAACGUUAAUGCUAAUGCCGUCGUGACUUUUAGUCCGGUGAGCUCUUCCAGAUGGCCGAAAGCCGAAGUUCAAGCUCUGAUCAAUCUCCGAACUACUCUAGACCUCAAGUAUCAAGAGAAUGGGCCUAAAGGGCCUCUAUGGGAGGAGAUCUCGUCAGCCAUGAAAAAGCUUGGUUACAAUCGAAGCGCGAAGAGGUGCAAAGAGAAAUGGGAGAACAUUAAUAAGUACUUCAAGAAGGUAAAGGAGAGCAACAAGAAGAGGCCGGAGGACUCGAAGACAUGCCCGUACUUCCACCAGCUCGACGCACUAUACAGAGAGAAGACAAAGAAGGUUGAUAAUUCAUUCAUUAAUCCUAGUUAUGAGUUGAAGCCAGAAGACCUAAUGAGGCAGAUGAUGAGCCGGCCUGAACAAGUAAUGCCCCUCCGGCAAGAACCACCGCGGCCGGAUUCGGUCAUGGAUGAUAUUGGCAGCGAGAAUAUGGAUCAGAACCAAGACGAAGAUUGUGAUGAUGAUGAUGAUGAAGAAGAUGAAGAUGAAGCAAGUGCGUACGGGAUUGUCACUAACACCACCAACCCUUCUUCGAUGGCCAUGGUUGAGUGAGACGACAAUGUGAGAAUAACUUUUAUCAGAGUUCAUGUGGGUGUGUGUCACUGAGUCACUGAUGUUUAGAAAUGGGUCAGAUGAGGUGAUGGAAAAUAGGUAAGUGGGUCAGAUUCCGGUCCGUCGUCUGAAACGCGGAGGACAAACUUCAUUUUGAUACAUAAACAUAUUGAUUGGGAAUUGGGUGUUGGGUGUGUCUUACGAUGGGUAUCUUAAUAUUUUAAAUUUAUUUAUUAUUUUGCUGGUAGUGAGAGAGAGGGAGAGAGAGAGAACAGAAUAAAUAAAGGGCUAGUUUUUUUUUUUUUUUUUAAUAGAGGGGAGAGACAGAGAAAGGGUACAGAAUAAUGAAACAAAGCAAGUGUUAAAUUUGUGUUUCUCUUUGGCAACCAUAUGUGAAAAAUGUUCGAAAUGGCUGGUACCUAGCAGUGAGUGUUUGUUUUGGUGAAUAAAGACCAUCGCCAGUACACCAGUGAACAUAUAUACAAUUGAAAAAAUCCAAGUUUUCUGGUCUUCCCUAGUUGA